CAAAGUGAAGUUGGGGAGGUCCUGGCAGCUAAGGGGAGGGUUAAGUUUCUGUCCUUUUUACUCCUACACACCUUUCUCUUCCUCCUUCAGUCCCUCAGAAAUCUCACUAUCUUGCUUACCUAACGCUUUCAGUGUUCACUGAACCAGGAAUUCAGGAAUCCCAAUCAACCUGAUUUCACCCACCAAAUGUUGCCGGAGUCUACGCAGAUGGCCUAAUCCCUGCUUUUCUUCCUAUGAUCCCAAUCCAUGAGCACUCUUCAGUCCAGAGAAUCCAGGUGUCCCAGCUCCUGACUGCUCCUCCCUGCCUUAACCUACCACACCUAGAAUACUAACCAGCUGCCUCUACUUCCCCACGUGCCACGAUGAGCUACCACUUACUCUUUGGGCUACCUGCCUUCGGAAUCUACGCACUAGCAUCUUAUUAUUUUCGGAAGAAGCCACAUCUCCUUCACAAACCACGCAAGUUUCCUGUUCGAUGCUUGCACGUCUCGCACAGGGGUGGUGCUGGAGACCAGAUUGAAAACACUUUGGGAGCCUUUAAAAAUGCAGUGAACCAGGGGACAAACCUGCUUGAACUUGACUGCCACAUAACCAAAGAUGGGGUUGUGGUUGUGUCCCACGAUGAUAAUCUCAAACGCGAGACAGGACACAACAUUGAUAUCAGUCUCACAGAAUAUAAGGAUUUGCCACCGUAUAAGUCUUGUCUGGCGGUGACCUUUUCCCCAGCAGGCAGCUACUCCCAUGGCAGUGAUCACCGGAUUCCACGUUUGGAAGAGGUUUUUGAGCAAUUCCCUGAAGUCCCUGUUAAUAUUGAAAUUAAACAGGAUAAUGAUGAGCUCAUUAAUAAGGUAGCAGAUCUUGUCCGGAAAUACCAUCGCUCCCACAUCAGCAUCUGGGCCUCCUUUGAAAGUCACGUACUAAAAAAAUGCCGGAAAGCUAACAAAGACAUGCCCUACAUCUUCUCCAUCAAGAGAGGCAUCUUCAUGCUUUUUCUCUGGUAUCUUGGACUCCUACCAUUCUUCCCUCUGAAAGAAUCUUUCCUUGAGUUUGUGCUGCCCUCAAUCAUGAACAGGACCUAUUUUCCAGUGAAAAGGGGCAAAUUUGGAGCACUACUGGCAAGUUUUACCACCAAGGUGGCAAUGAAAAAAAAGCUGUUCAAACAUCUGCAAGACAGAGGAAUACAAACUCUUCUUUGGGUUUUGAAUGAAGAUAAAGAUUUCGAAGAAGCCUUCGGCUAUGGGGUCUCUGGAGUCAUGACUGACUACCCAACCCGCCUUCGACAGUAUCUUAAUGCUCAUCCACCACUUCCCAAUGAAUGAAUUAGAAUGUUACUUUAGAAUUGGUGGUUGAAAUUUUUGAUGGGGAAUGGAGAGAGAGAAGAAAGGAGAUGGAUGCAAAAGAUAGGAAACUCAACGUCUAUUUUACACACCGAUACAGUAAGAGGACUUUGAAACAAAUAAGCAAUAUUGUUACUAGUAUGUGGCAUUUUCAGUAACUGAGUAACACAUUAGCAGGGGACUGAAGAUAUGUGAGGUCGUAGUUCCACUUCCAAACACAAAAUCUGGCUACAGUCCUGCUUGUAGAGCUGUGACAUUUUUUCAAGUUUCUGCCUUAU